AUGCAUUUCAAGUCCAUUCUCGCGCUGCUUGCAUUGACUGCCGCAUCGGCGGUUUACGCUGCCCCAGCUUUUGAUGACCAAAAGGACUGUCAGUACGGCUGGGAUCAUGACAGACACAGCUGCAAACCUCAACCACCUUGCCAGCAUGGAUGGGAUAAGGAGCACAAGAAAUGUUAUGAAAAACCUUGUGAGUAUGGAUACGAUGAAUACAAUCAAUGCUGCAAGCCUCGACCACACUGCCAGCAUGGCUGGGACAAAGAGCACAAGAAAUGCUACGAAAAACCCUGUGACUAUGGGUACGAUGAACAUAACCAAUGCUGCAAGCCUAAACCAAAAUGCGACUAUGGUUGGGACAAUGAACACAAGAAAUGUUACGAGCAUCCUUGUGAGUUCGGGUAUGAUGAAUCUAAACAAUGCUGCAAACCGAAACCGGAGGAACCAAAAGAAUGCCCACAUGGACAGGAGCGACAUCCCAGGACGAAGGAGUGCUGCCAGUACGGAUAUGAUCACGAGAAGGAUGCAUGUAAACCCAAGGAGGAGGAGCACUGCAAGUACGGGAAGAAAAAGAAUGGGAAAUGUCGAAAGCACGAGAAGAAACCGAAGGAAUGUCCCUGGGGGAAGGACGACGACGACGAAUGCCGAAAGGAGUGCAGAGACAAGGACAAGUGUGAAAAGGAAUGGUGGGGAGGCUGUAAGAAAGAUCAUGAUGGGAUGGAUAUCCCCAAGAAGAACGUCUAUCUCCCACACUGGGUCUUCAACUGGGAUGACUAG